UGGCGCAGGAUAGUUGGAGUCAGCUCUUUGUAAAGAUAUGACGACUGAAUAUUUACACUAUUUUGCUCAAUUUUGCACUUCGAUGCACAAUGCAAAUCGAUAACUCGAAAGACAAACAACCAAAAAGAAGGAAAAGUCGAACAUGGGCCGAGGCUGCGAAGAUAGUGUUGGAGAGAAAUGCACAGAUUCCUAUGAGCUAUAAAGCUAUUCUUCAAGCAAUCCAAGAUGAUAACUUAAAGGAUAUUAGUGGGUCUGUGCCAUUGGCAUGCCUAAACUCCUGUCUGCAUGCCUACUCCAGAGGGAAAGAUUCCGUCUUCUACAAGGUAGCCGGUAGAUCGGGAGUGUAUGGAUUAAUGGGAGAUAGACCCAGUGGGUCCACGCUUCACGAAGUACCAGAGGAGAAUGAAGAUGAUGACGGCAGGGACCGGCCUUUCAAGGAACGUAGAAAAGAAAAUGUGAUGUUUGUAAGUUUACCUUCUUGGGUAAAAACAAUUCCUCCUACAGAAGAUGACGAUGAACAGUCUAAUGGUGAUGCAGAUGAAAUCGGAGAACCGUCGGACACCAAGGAGAGCCACCAUAGAUCUUCAUCCUCAUCUUCAGGGACGAGUAUAUCCUCACAUGUCAACCACACUCUGAGACGUAGCAUGCGACAGUCUUUACGCCAGAAACAGAAGAAGAAACAAAACGACUAUCCCAGAAUUAUUAUCAAACCUAUUCCUCCUCCUGACAAGGAAAAAGAAGCCAAGUCUCAAAAAGAUGGACAUUCAGAAAUGGAGUCCGAGAAUGAUGGCAGUUUCCGAAAUGGGGACAGCAAGUCUGACAGCUCGGACAGUGGUAAAUCACCAGCACCAGCCUCAAAGCGACCUCAGACCAUGAGGGAAAUACUGGCUGGGAUUCCAGGCUUCAGUAUGAAGCCUCGAAGGAGACCCCAUAAAAAAUUGAGUCAUGCUGCCCAGAUUGCCCAAACAAAGGAAGGCUGUAUUGAUUUGGAAACUCCAGAUUCUAUUCUGUGCAACACCAAUCUUAGAAAUUUGAUAGACAAGAGGAUGUUCUCCAAGCUGCCAAGUCAAUACCAGUACAAGUUGUUACACUUCCUACCAGAAUGUGACAGAUACGUUGGACAAGACAACACCCUCAGGUUGAGCAGUACUGCAUUGAAUAAUGAGUUCUUCAAUAAAUCCUGCCAGGAAUGGAUUGAAAGACUCUCCCAAGGGGAGUUCACUCCAGAAAACCAGGUGCGUAUCAAACAGGAGGAGGAGAGGGAGCUGGGUAAACUGGAUCCAUGGAAGGCAAAGCAUUUUGAGGAAAUGUGGGGGAAAAGAAAUACUGGUUACGAAGUGCCAAAAGCAGACCUUCCAUCACCAGUCACUCCGGCUUCUCCUGUUAAAACAAAACUGAAGAAAGCUACACUUGUCUCCACCAUGUUGAAACAACGGUCAAUAUUUCAGACUGUGGGAAGCUCUUCCGAUGGUGCUGCUCAGGGUGGUCUUCUGAUGAAAGUGUCUACUGUUAAACAUGCAAUCAGUAACAAUGACCCUCACAAAACUCUCAAGAGGUCACUGUCCAUGCCUGUAGACCCAGAAGGUCACCGGGUUCUCAACAGUGUUAGCCCAGCGAAGCGUCAGAAAAACCCGUCUCUGUCUGAGGAUGUAAUUGUGGAUGUUGUAUCAUCACCAGAGAAGACUGUUCCUCAAGUGUGCAGUCCUACGCGUGUGGUAGGGACAAAGCCUGUCAAAUCAGUGACAAUCGUUGAGCCUGCGGUGACGCAGUCAAAACAUGUUUCAAUUCUGAACGCCAUCACUACCUCACCACCUUCAGUACCUUCUCACUCUCUGCAUGCUACAACCCCAACAAAGGCCAGCACCACCCUACAGGUCACCCUGGCACAUACUUCCAGAUCCCCUGUCCUUGUGGGAGGGCCAACGCCGGGUGUGGCCGUCAGAUCUCCACCUCAGACUCGUACCUUGGCCCAGAUUCGUGCCCAGAACACUCGUGGGCAGACCAGAACACUUGCACAGAUCAAAGCACAGACAAAAGCUAAGCAACAGCUCCGGGAACAUUUACACCAACAACAACCAGAAACCCAAGCCAAACUUCAGGCUCACCUCAUUGCAAGGGGCCGUAUACCUGCUAGUGCCAUCAGUUCAACAGGGAGUGCUACAGCUAGUAGACAUGUGCCAAACAUUAUGAUGCCGGCCCCUGGUCGUCCUAAACAGCUACAGCCUGUCAAAGGAGUUAGUACGGAAAACCUCACCAAAGGAACAACAGUUUCUUCCGAUGUAGGGACCGAUGGAGUCAAUAUGAAGCGUUCUUUAGAAAUAAUGCAGAAAGCUGCCCAAGAAGGGGGGAAAGAUAAUGUGAAUAUAAAGAGGUCGUUGGAGAUUUGUCAGAAAGUUAUGAAGAGGACACAAGUGAGUGGAGUACCUCAGUCAAACAAUGGAAUCUCAACCACGGUUACAGGUUCAGCCGACACAGCCAGUUCUACUCUCCCCAAAAUAUUAGGACAUGCACAAAGUGGUGCUAAAGGGAUAAGUGUGACAGGACAAGGUCAGUUAAGUGCCUCAAAACUUCUGUUUUCCAAUGUGUCUACUACACAUAGUAGCAGCACAUCAAGUGAGCAGUCAUUGCAAAGUCGGACAGUUAGUUCUCCGGUAAUGGUCAACAUAGCAAAGGUUCGGACUGUAGGAACUGGGGUGCAGGGUUUCUCUGGCAUCAAUAAUGAAACAUCGUUAGUGCUGACCCUGCCCCAAAACACGGCUCUCAGAUCUACAAUAUCACAAACUGCUACAGUGUUAACACUUCCAGGGUCCAAUACCAAAGUGUUACUGCCUGCUGGUAUUCCAACCUCAGCAGUAACCACAUCAAGCCUGGCACAGAUCCUCAAUGCCCAUCAGGCUGGAAAUAACACAAUCCGUAUCCAACCCUCCCGCGCUUCAAGUGCUCCCCCACAGAAUCUUCUUGUCAACACCAACAUUCAAACUCUGGUAAGGUCUGCAAGUGCUGGAGGUCAAGUUGCAGCAGAGGGAAAUGGGACGAUAGCUACUCAAAACCCUUCAGAACCUGUCAAUCAGGAAAUACGUGUUAUUUCUCCAGAUCAGGUGAAUUUUUUAUCCAAGACUGGCACUCCUACUGCUCCAGGUCGUAAACCGCCUCAUACCACUGUGUUACCUCUUACGAUGUUGACACAGUCACGACCUGAGGCCACCGCUCCGUCCCCAAACAGCGGUGGCUCCGCGGGCCCGGGCAAGGUUACCCCGGCCCAGCGGUUGAAAAAAAUUGUAGUUUGCAGUGCCACGCAAAUAGUGAAUAAUCCUUACAUCAUUAAGAGUAUUGAGGCGCAUGUGCAGAACAAGGCAAAUAGUCACGCUGCUGCAGCCGCGGCAGCUGCUAACAAUCAAGCUAAAAAGGUUCGCUGUAGUAUAGUACCUUUUGUUUCUGCACAGACAACAAGUAAAUCUGUGGGCUUGUCCACAGCAGGAUUGUCAGGGACAGGAUUGCCCUCAACCAUCGACAAUGUGUCGACGAAUUGUGCUUGUAGCUUAAAGGCUAUGAUCAUGUGUAAAAAGUGUGGAGCAUUUUGUCAUGACGAUUGUAUCGGACCCUCCAAUCUGUGCGUUACCUGUUUGAUAGCAACGUAGCAGUCGAAAUGUAGUACAGUUGCUUCACUGAGAUUAUGUGUACCAUUUAUGUUGACGUAUCAAAUUUAAAGAAAGAAACUGGUUAAGUAAACUUUCACAAAUGAUUCUUCAUUUCAUUCUGGAGCACAAGUUUCUUUACAAAAUGUUUCCUGAAAUUGUGUUCAAAAUAUUUUAUCAUGACCAGACCAUUGUAUGUUGAUUGAUUUGGUAUAUGGAAUGACUACAAUUUAAUAAUGACAUGAACUUGCGAGAUUCAUCUCAUAAAUUCUGAAGAUAAUUAAAACAGAAUUACAUAAUGAUACAAUAAUUAUAUAUUUGCAAGUUCCUCCAUUUUUCUAAUGUCAUUCAUUUGGCUAUCCUAUUUUAAAUAAGCUCUUAAUUGGUCUUCACAUUAAGUAAUUUGGCAUGGAUAAGAAAAAAAACCAUUAUGUUCUCAGCAUUAGUUUGAAAUAUCUUGAUAUAAUUAUUAAAAAGGAUUUAGUUUUGUCAAAAACAUAUAACAUAUCAGCUAUUUAAUUGUGAAAUACAAAAAAUGAUACCAACUUAUCAAUGUAUGUAAAUUAUAUGUUAAAUCUGUGAUUCGUUACCAGAAGAGAUCUGUCCUUCUUGUAAUUCCAACUUUUUACUCUCUCUUUCUGACACUAUGCUAUGAAUUUCUUUCUAGCCAUUUCUUUCAGCUAGUAUUGCAGUUAGUAUAUACUUUGAGACACUAAUGAUUCUUUUCUAUAAAAUACAAUGAAAUAGGUUAGAUUAAAGUGUGAUUUUUUGGGGCUGAAAUUAUUAAUUGAUAUAAGUAAUAUCAAAUUAAAAACUGGUCUGUUUUCUUCUUCGUGAUAAACAGUCUUUCACCUUUUCAUUUAUACUGAAAUUUCAUCAAAUCUUUUGUUGGCAGAAAUAAGAACAAUUUGUCAUCCAAGAUAAAUGUUUUACGCAUCAUGCAAUCAGCUGAUGGGAUAUUAAUUCUUCCAAUUCUACCAAUGACGUAGGAGAAAGUAUUAUGAAAUAUAGAUGGAAGGGUCAUAUUUUAGAAAUGAACGUUAAAAUAAUUUGGGUAAUUCAUUCACCAGGAUAGAUCAGCUAGUAUAUAUAUAUAUAUUGUAAUGUUAUGUAGGGGAAAUGUGAUGUUGUGAUAAAAAAUCCUAAGAAAUUGCUACUUUACUUUGAUGUCAAUUUUUACUGUGACUUGCUACUAAUUCAUUGUAUGAAGUACUACACACCAAAUCACAUUGAAACGUUUUAAUUUGAAAGCAAUAACAUUUUAAUUGAAAUAUUAUUGCUUAAUGCCAUGUAUGUAAUAUGUUAAAAAUAACAUUUCUGCUUACACACAUCAUCAGACUGAACCAACGUCAUUAUAAGCAGUCAUGUUAUCAAAAAAUAUUCAUAGGUUUUGGUAUCAACAGUCAUUUGAUUAAAUAAGCAAAUUUACUACCAGUAUUGCUGACCAGUCAUGCUAAUGUUAUUGUAUGUAACAGGUAUGACCAAUCAUGCUAGUGUUAUUGUAUGUAACAGGUAUGACCAAUCAUGCUAGUGUUAUUGUAUGUAACAUGUAUGACAGUCAUACUAGUGUUAUUGUAUGUAACAGGUAUGACCAGUCAUGUUAGUGUUAUUGUAUGUAAAAUGCCAUAUUUGAAAUUCCAGGAUUUGUGUUGACUUACAUCUCUGCAUCUCUGGAAUAUGUCAUGACAAAAUGGAAGACACAGUAAGUUAUUUGAUGGGUUUCCAGUAAAAAAAAAUACCCUGACCAAUAUAGCUAGUCUGAUAUUUUUGUCCUUUACAGAGGAGCAACACCCAACUUCAGAGCCUGUUAAUUUGACCAAUAAUCUGCCAUUUUGAUUCCUUUGUUCUUCAUCAAAGACAUCAGAAUGGUCUGCUUAUAUCGUCCACAAGGUGUUGCAUUAAAGGAUUUCCAUUUUGUAUUGACAUAUUUCAUGGGAGCUGAGAAGAUACUCAUAUCAAGAGCAGAACUAUUGGAUUUUAAGGACGCUAGUUACAUGCAUGACAAGAACAAUGGUAGGGUCGUGUUAUUUGAUGUUUUUAUAAAUGGAAAUGAAACCAGUUUUACAGAAAAUUCUGUCGCUCAGUUUCCCUUGGUCAAAGUUAACUUUGGCAUCAUUCGAUGUCUUUCUUAAAUCAGUUAAGGGAUAUUGUACCUUUCACUCUGUGAGUGUUAUAUAUUACCUUAAAAAAAGCUUCAAUCGUAGUUACCUGAAUGUUAUUGAUGUAAACACUCCGUUGAACCUUUAAAGGCAUACAUCAACGUGUUUUACAAGACUCAUACUGUAGAAUUGUAUAUGUUACAGUAAGGUAGCAUACUUCAAGUUCAAUACGUACUUUACUGUUAAAACAAAUCCUGAAUUAGAGGGGAAGUAGUCAAGAUCUGAUUACAGUAAGAAAGAUUUAUUAUUUUCUAGUUUAAAAAUUGCUAAACAUGACAAGAAUGAUGUAACUUUUCCCUUUAAAACAUUAGAUUAACACUUUUAACUCAGAUCUGUGUGCCGAGACCAUGUCUAUGUUGUGCUGGUAAGAGAGAGUUUACUAGGUUGAUUGAAUCGACUAGAAUAUGGAAUAUGGGUGUUAAUUGCAAUGAAAUAUAAUCUUAUUUGUUUAUACUCCUACAUGUAUAACAUCAUAUGCACAUUGUAAGUUAUGGUCUAUUGAUGCAAAACUAUAAUUUUGAGUCCAGAGAUAAUGAGAUGUUGAGGUGUUUGUUCUAUGGAAUGCUUCGAGUGUGUGUCUCCUGACUGCUACAUGGUGAUGAAAGAAGAAUAAGCGGUCUGAUAGUCUCAACGUGAAUCAGAUGGUCUACCUCAACACGAGAGAGUCUACAUGAUUGAGACAAAACGUGACAGAUUGUAUUUUCAGAAUAACAUUUUAUGUAUGUGUAGUUGAAUAUCUGCAGUUUAACAUUGACUGUUUUAUUAAGUAAAUGUACAGAUUCAGUU